CACGGUCCUUCCUUCUCAAAAAUCACCCUUCUCACCGUUGCAGAAACAAACAAACAACGAAAAAGAAGAAGAAGAAACGAAGAUGGCGUCGUUCGAUCAAGCGCCGCACGGUGACUCAAAGCCCGGUGAGAAGAUUUUCAAGACCAAGUGUGCUCAGUGCCACACCGUCGAAAAAGGCGCCAGUCACAAGCAAGGACCGAAUCUUAACGGUCUGUUUGGAAGGCAAUCGGGAACGGCUUCAGGUUAUUCGUACUCCGCCGCUAAUAAGAGCAUGGGUGUGAUUUGGGAGGAGACAACUUUGUACGAUUACCUGCUCAACCCUAAGAAGUACAUCCCGGGAACAAAAAUGGUUUUCCCUGGAUUGAAGAAGCCACAGGAACGUGCUGAUCUCAUUGCAUAUUUGAAGGAAUCUACGGCCUAGAUGGGUUUUCCAACACUUUUGCUUUUAGCUGUUCAAUUUUGCAGUCAUCAGAGAUUGUUUCUCAGAACGAGGAUAUAAUUAAGUAGACCUUCAAGGUCAGCCGUACUCUGCAGAAAGAGCAUUCAUUCAUUCAUUCCUUGCAAU